CUUCAUUUCACCGGUAGAUCAGCACCUAGGUACCUUAGUCUCAACUUUCAAGCAUGGAGGAGCCCCUUGUUCACAAGACAGGAGAGCAGAGCCUGGUAGUGAUUGAGGUGAAGAAGCAGUUGUACCUUGCCGGGCCUCUAAUCGUCGGAAGCCUCCUGCAAGAUGUGGUCCAAAUGAUAUCCGUCAUGUUUGUGGGUCAUCUCGGCGAACUCGCUCUCUCGAGUGCCUCCAUCGCAACCUCCUUCGCCGGUGUAACUGGCUUCAGCUUGUUGUCCGGCAUGUCGAGCAGCUUGGACACGCUGUGUGGGCAAGCCUUUGGAGCAAAGCAGCACCAUCUUCUUGGCAUAUACAUGCAGAGGGCAAUCGUUGUGCUCACUCCGGUGAGCGCCGUGGUUGCCAUAAUCUGGGGAUACACCGGUCAUAUCCUUCUGUUGUUUGGGCAAGACCCUGAGAUUGCCAUGGAAGCAGGGAGCUACAUCCGAUGGAUGAUUCCGUCGCUGUUUGUCUACGGCCCGCUGCAGUGCCAUGUCCGAUUUCUGCAGACGCAGAACAUGGUCCUCCCAGUGAUGCUGAGCUCGGGCGUCACAGCGCUGAACCACAUCUUGGUGUGCUGGCUGCUCGUGUACAAGCUUGGCCUGGGCAACAAGGGUGCUGCCUUGGCCAAUACAAUAUCCUACCUCACCAAUGUGUCCAUCUUGGCUCUCUACAUUAGGCUCUCUCCAUCUUGUAAGAGUACUUGGACCGGGUUGUCGAAGGAGGCAUUUCGCGACAUCAUCGGUUUCUUGAGGCUUGCUGUCCCAUCCGCCCUGAUGGUUUGCUGGGAGUGGUGGUCGUUUGAGCUCCUGAUACUUGCUUCUGGAUUUCUGCCAAAUCCUAAGCUCGAGGCAUCGGUACUAUCAAUCAGUGUAAAUACUAUCUCGCUGGUAUUCAGGGUCCCCUACGGGCUUAGUGCAGCUAUAAGCACCCGUGUAUCGAAUGAGCUGGGUGCUGGGCGACCGAAUGCUGCCCAUUUGGCGACCCAGGUGAUCAUGGUCCUGGGCGUUGUGUCAAGCAUAUCGGUUGCUCUUGCUAUCGUUUUGGUGCGCAAUCUAUGGGGGUAUGCAUACAGCAACGACAAGGAAGUGGUGGAGUACAUUUCAAGAAUUAUGCCAAUUAUUGGCGUGGCGUUCUUGUUUGAUGACAUGCAGUGUGUUCUUUCAGGUAUUGUUAGGGGCUGCGGCUUUCAAAAGAUUGGCUCCUAUGUCAAUCUUAGUGCGUACUACCUCGUCGGCAUCCCGGCGGCUCUAUGUUUUGCAUUUGUGUACCAUCUUGGUGGAGUGGGGCUAUGGAUGGGAAUAACCUGCGCGCUUGUCGUUCAGACGGUGUUGUUCAUGUCCAUUACUCUGCGCACCAACUGGGACAAAGAAGCUUUCAAGGCCAGGGAAAGGGUUUCCAUUACUCCCCUACCCCUAGACUUAGCGACAUGAUGAUACACACAAAGUGCACAGUUUUCUCUACCAGUGAGAUGUGCAGGGAAAGAAGGAAACAA